AUGCCGUUUCCCCCUCUUUUCACCUGUGAUCGUCUCCAUUGGCGGCUGUUCGAGAGGUAUAAGAUUGUCGCCCCCUAUUCAAUCACAGGCAAUGCGUUAAUGAUGAAUAUCCUCACACUAUGCUCAUCCUUGUCCCUCCUCCUCGUGCUUGCCCUCAUCCGCACGAACCGCCUCCGGUCGACCCGUCCACUCCCACCAGGUCCUAAAGGAUUGCCAUUGAUCGGAAGUUUGCUGGAAAUCCCUUCUCGUUUACUCUUCCUCAAGCUCGUCGAGUGGUCGAACCAAUCUGGACCGCUCAUAUCUUACAAAGUUCUUGGACAAGUGAUCGUCGUCGUCAGCAGCGCAAAGGCGGCGGGCGAUAUUCUCGAUCGUUUAUCAGCCAAGACAUCAGACCGGCCUCGUUAUAUCAAAGCAGAGUACCUGACUCACAACAUGGACUUUGGGUUUGUGAAUCGAGGGGCUUUCUGGAGAACGCAGAGAAGAGCUGCACAUGAAAGUCUGAAUGUCCGUGCCGCGAAGGACUUUCAGCUUGUGCAAAAUGAAGAGAGCCGGAUGCUGGUCGAGGGUCUCCUGCUACAUCCUGAGAUUGACAUCGCCAAGCAUAUUUAUCGGCAUUCUUCCUCAGUUGCAUGGCGUGUUAUCUACGGCCACGAGGCCCUCAAGCUCGAGGUCGAUGAACCGGGAUUGCCCUCCGACAGCUUCUUCGCUCCUCUUCUUUUGGCCGCUGUUCCCGGGGGAUCAAUCGUCGAUAUCUUACCCUUCCUUCAUCCUCUCAUCUCGAGGUCCAAAUUUAUUCGCCGAUACAGCGAUGAAUGGUACGAACGCGCCAGUGCGUUUUUUGUCAAAGCGCAUGUAGCUCCACAAGUGGAGGGCAUGCCUUCUCUAAGCGCGAAGCUCAAGGAAUUGGGAGAGAAGAUUGGAAUGAGUGGAGAUGAAGACUGCGGCUGGCUGGGGGGAACACUGUACAUCGCGGCACAAGACACUACUGCGACGUCUCUCAAAUGGUUUCUCAUAGCGAUGCUUCUACAUCCUCAAGCUGCUGCUGCUGUCCGAAGACAACUGGAUCAGGUUGUGGGGAACCGAUUCCCUACUUUUGAAGAUAUGGAUAAUCUUUCCCACAUCCACGCCAUUAUCAAGGAAGUUCUCAGAUGGAGGCCGCCGACACCGACGGGUGUUCCCCACGCAGCGAGCGAAGACAUCAUGUAUGACAAAUACCUGAUACCGAAAGGCGCGAUCCUCAUCGCAAAUUCAUGGUCUAUCGGCCGCGAUCCAUCCAUGUAUCCUGACGGGGAGACGUUUGACCCCUCCCGGUUUCUAGACGAACAAGGGGAUAUCAAACCCUCCUCUCCGGAUUCGCACGACAACUAUCCGGUAUUUGGACAUGGACGCCGUAUCUGCGUAGGCAAGACCCUCGCGAUCAACACGCUCUUGAUCGCGGUCGCGCGACUGCUCUGGGCGUUCGAAUUUGAACCGGUGAGGGAUGAGCAUGGACAGCUCUUGCCCGACCCGAUGAAGUUCCGGGACAAUGGGCUCACUGUUUGGCCCGCUGAGUUCCAGAUUAGGCUCGUUCCUCGGUUUCCUGACCUUUUGGACCGUCUGGAUGUGUCUCCUGAGGAAGGCUAGUUGUGGUAGUGAU